AUGAAGGCGACUCGCGAGUUGUGUUACUACUGCUUCGACACGGUAGUGAGCCAUCUGGAGAAGCAGAAAUGCGCCCCUCCUGAAUUUCAGGAUGCUUCGUGCCCGCUGUGCAUCUCCUGGGCCAAGCGAGUGAAGAAGGUGGAUGCGCAAGGGAAGGAGCGGAACGUGUUCGAGGCGCGAGGCUCCCUCAUCACGAUGACGCCGGUCCAGCUGCACUCGGACCAGUUCCUGCGCACCAUUCGAGCGAGCGCGUUCGAGGACCCGCGCCAGAAUCCCAUCACGGCAGAGGACAUCCCCUACCUGCGGUGCUCGGCGAGCGUCAUCUUGCCUAAGACCUACAAGACCAUCCAAAAACUCGACGAUUGGGAAGUGGGAAAGCACGGCAUUCGAAUCCUCUUCAAGGUGGGUGCAACGCAGUACAGCAAGGUCUACCCGCCCGAGACGAUUCUCGCACGAGGAUGGAACAAGAAGGAGGCGAUCGAGGAGGGAAUCAGGAAGGCGGGCUACACGGGCGAUCUCACUCCCCAAUUCAUGGCCACCGUCGAAAUCAUCCGCUUCGAGACUUCGUCGUGCAUCGUGUCGGCCAAGGACUACUUCAAGCACGUCGAGACGAAGGACAAGGAGGGCAAGCUCAAGGAGCUGUCGGCGCGCAACAAUCCCGACGAGGACGAGAACGAGAACGCGAAGCGGCAGAGGACGAUUCGGAGGCGACGCCAUCGAUACGUCACAUCUCUCACGAAGCGGCUGCAAGAUAAGCGGAAACCGGGUGCCGCUUCGACGUCGUCGUCUCCUUCUUCUCCAUCGUCUUCCUCUUCCAUCGGGGGCUGGCUCUUUGCGCUGGCGAUUAUUGCGAUGGUGGCGGGCGUGUUCAUCCUGCGAGGGAUGGAGGUCACGUACGACAAAGAUUACGACGAAUUCCAGACCAACUACGACAUCCUCGGCAUAGCAAGAGGCGCGCCGAUGGCCGACGUCAAGAAGGCCUUCCGCAAGCUCUCGCUCCAGUAUCACCCCGACAAGCAAUCCAACUGCCUCGACUGCGCCGACAAGUUUUUGCAGAUCAACUCCGCCUACAAGCAGAUAGGCGACUACGAGAAGGGCCUCCUGCGACUCGUCAACACGCCCGGCGGGCCAGGCCCACGAUCAGGUCCGGCCCGUUGA